AUGAUGUUCCGCAAAGCGCCUUUUCUCUUCAUCUCUGCUCUUCUCUUUGAGCAGCUGUUGCUUUUGAACCAUGUCGUUAUAGCAAAGAACAUGAAUCAAGGUGGUUCGUACAAGAUUUCGAAUUCAGAUACCUUUGAUACAGAAUACUCAGAUGAUCGCGAAUACUUUGACGUCUACUCGAAGCCCAUCAAGACGCUAUAUAGUCAAGUUCAUUGGAUGGGUCAUGGAGAUAUUACUCUUCCGCAAUACAUUAUUGAUCGAUUUGAGGGUGGCAAACUUAUGGCUGUCACAGGAUACGAAGUCGACCAAGUCAGAAAGCUGGAUUCUGGAGAAGAGGUUCCCGUUCCCAUUACUUGGGCCUACAACCAUCAUUUCUGUGCAAAUCUAAUGAACAAUAGAAAAUUUCGGGUCGUCAUGAAACCUACGACGCCGGAUGCUGUAAAACUUGGACUAGCACAUGGAGCUUCGCAUCAUCUGGUAGGAGAAUUUCUCGAUGGCAUGGAACCAGAUGACGACGAUGGUGACGAGAUUCCGCAGCUUCACUUCUUUUCUGAGGGAAAUGGUGGAGAAAUGAGAAUGAGCUAUCACGGAUACCCCAAAGGAUACGCGCAAAUCAUUGAGUCACCCAACGAAUUCCUCAUUUCUCCGAUGCAGAUUGAUACUUGGAACCGAAACAUGAAGAACCACACCUAUCUACCAGGACCACUGCCAUCUAGUUCCCGCAUUCCUCACGAUGCUGGCUACAAUGGAUUACUGGAAUGCCCAUGCAGCGACCGUAUUCCCUUUGAAUGGGGAAUGACUUAUGCUAUUGAUGAGGGAAGCUGUCAUGGAUCACAAAAGACAAAAUGCAAAGAAGUGAUUCAGAACGCUACGGAAUGCUUCACGGCUGUGGAAUAUGUUAUCAAGGGAGUUCACUACGACACACAAACCAUCGAUGAUGAAUCUCUACCGUCUGGUUGCACUGGGACUCUUAAUGGAGAGGGCAUUGUACAAGCCGUUUGGAACAAGGCCACCGUGCAAUCUCAGAUGGGCCAUACCGAUUUGGAGACAAACCAACCACAUCUCGUAGGUGUUUCUUUGGGUCUGGUUAAUAUGACGGUUGCUAUGGAUCCGACAUCUGAGGCAGCAACAUCUGUACAACUCAAAUUGACAGGUCCAGCUGAUAAAUGGUUUGGUGUGGGCUUUGGGUCCAAGACCAUGUGCGUGCAUAUGGAAGGGGAUGAAUGUCCAGGAGGAGGGCCAUAUGCCAUUAUUAUCUCUGGUGACCAAGUAGAGGAACGAAAGCUAGACCAUCACGGUGCGGGCAUUGUCUUGGAUAGCAGUAUCACUGUCCAUUCCAAUCAAGUCGACGGCGAUACUCGAACAGUAACUCUUUCACGUCCGCUGAAGGGUCCAACUGCAAACUACUAUACCUUUGAUUCGUCAUCUCCGUCCAUUCCGCUCAUAAUGGCGAAUGGGUGCAGUUUGAAAUUCGCUCAACACUGUGGUCACGGUCCAAAUGAGGUCAAUUUGUUGCCAGUAGACACGCCGAAGAAGCUGUGUCAAUCCGGAAUCCAAGGUACUAUCGAUGGAUUGCAGUUCGAUAACGACCGAUGUGCUCCAUUUCCCAACAGCGACCUGUUGGAUCAAAGCAAUCCCACUUGUGACGUUCAGACUUACAAAGGAGGUUUGUCGUGCUGUCGCAAUGGCAAGUCGCUUUUGGACAAGGCUCAAGAGAUUCCGUGGCAAGAUCAACCACUGGAGUAUCGUCUGAAGUUUCGGUUUUACUUUGAAGAAUACAAAAAAUCGUCUGAUAUUUCAGAGUCUCCAUCGCAUCAGCAAUUGAUUCGUUUGUAUUGGCAAACGGAGGCGCAUGCUGGAGAGUACGAUAUUGUCCAGUGCAGAGAAGGCACUCCUUCGUCGGAAUGCAUCCAAACUAUUACUUCUCGAUGGACCGUCCGAGACAUGACACGGGAUUGUCCCAUUCACGAUGCGAGUUGGUGCACAGGCAAGGGCAGUACUGAUUCUUCCAAGACGGAUGGUGUAAAGUUGAUCUAUGCAGGUCCCCAUUGCCACGCACCGCAUUGUCUGUCCAUGGAAUUGUACAAUGCGGAUACUGGGCAACUGUUGUGUCAUAUGGAGCCAAUCCAUGGAUCCGGAGAGGGACUCUACGACGAACACGGCUACUUGGCGAUUCCACCCUGUCUCUGGGGUGAUACCUCGGAGGGUUUGGACGAGCCUCAGUUGCUGUCCUUGGACACCACACUAAUGAGUAUCAAGCGCAACAAUAGUACGCUACCCCAUACAGGUGAGAUGGCUAGUUGGCAAAUGCGAGGUAUUCUGGUUCGCAAGGAGGAAGAGAAGGAGGAUGACAGGGAGGAAGACUUGGUAGUUGUUUCUCGCACGAGUCUUCGAAGGACAGGGCCAGUGACUGUGAAUGAAGAGGAGGAUAUGCACUGA